GGCGGGACUCAGAGCAAGCGACUUGCGCGCGCACGGGGGGUGCCAAGAAGGACCUGGAGCUCGCGCCAUCCUGGGCGGUAUGCCGGCGUCGUGCUCCUCGUCUUCUCCGCGUCGGCAAGCUCUGGCCUGUGGCUGCGCUCCUCCUCCAGCCGCAGGGCGGAACAUCGGCGAAGUUUUCAGUCAGAGCAUGCAUAUGCCGCGGAUAUCUCCGUCAGGUAGGCGUAUGACAGUCUCUGACGAGCUACGCUUCCUACUUGGAAACCAGGCUUCAGAGUUCAUACCGGCUGUCAUCAAGGCGAAUCAAGGCUUCUCGGCAAGCCGUUCGCAAUCUCGUUCCAGAAUGUAUGCAAGGUCAGCCUUUUGUAUUGCAAUUUCAUGCUUGGAUAUCCAACAUACUAAGCAGGGUUUUAGGUACAUAGUGGUACUUCAGAAGAAGAAGAAGGAAAAAAAAAAGACGCAGCCGCAAAUCUUAACGGCUCGAGAAGCCCGAGUUCCUACGAGGGCGCUUCAAAUAGCCCCUCCUGCCACGGCUAAUUUUCUGAUCAGCCAAUCUCAAGUCCUCUUCCACACUUUCCCAAGAACCCGCCAGCCACCACAAGCAAAUGGAUCCUCGUCGGCGCUUAGGCCGAUCACCACCACGCAAGAGGGAACGCCAGGCAUCGCCGGCCAACUACAGAAACCGCCAUCUCUGGCGCUCACCCCCUCGGGACUUCGCGCCCUCCUGGACAGGCGCGCCUUCUCCUCCUGCGGCCUUCUUGGAGCGGCCACCCUCGCCUCCCCUAGUCCCCUUCGUCUCCGGCGCUACAUCGAUUACAGCCGCGAGGAGCCCUACGGCCCUCGGCCAAGAUUCGAGCCAUGGCGCGUGCCCCCGCCUUCGGGACCCCAGAGGGAGGCUGACAGCUUCGGCAAUGGAUUCUUGGACCAUGACUGGCCGGAGUACAGCCGCGAGGGCAACUACGGUACGCCUACGAGAUUCUUGGAGCUCGCUGAUUCUUUCCCGGGGCAGAGUCGUUUCGAGCGCGGCCGUGGUGAUGACUUCAGGCGACCGAACCGCUCCCUGCCGCGGUCGCCAAUGGACUGGGAUUUGCCUCGCGGGCAUUCGCCUUUCUUUGCGGACGAGCACCAGUGCUCCAGUUCAAGACCAAGGGAUUGGACACCAGCUUUGGAUGAUCGCAGGCGGCGUGGCUCGUCGCCGCCAGGGCGCCACGAGGGACGCGGUCACGUGCAGUCCCGCGAUGACACGUUCUAUCGCUCCGGCCCCUUCCCGGUGGAGCGCGGCCGCGGCGACGGCUUCGAGGCGACACCCCGUCCAAGAUUCUCCCAUGGAGCCAUGUUCCCCGAGCGCUCCCCUGCCAUAAUCUUGGAGGGCGAGAGGCGAUGGACACCGUCUCCUCAGGAUCGCCGGCGGGGAGCUCUGUUCCCGGGGUCUGACGGCCAUGACCCCUGGACGCAGCGCUCCAUGGAGAGACUGGGGCAGCAGAGCUCGCCACGUGGAGACCGUGGGGGCUCGUUCCUGGAGACAGGAGACCGUGGGGAGCCCUACCCUUUGGGCCCGCCGCCUCCACACAAUCUCGGGGGCGGCAGAGGGGGCUUCCCACCACGGCGGUUCUUUCGCGGGAGGGGCGGGCUCCAGCAAACUGGGCCGCCAGGCGGCAGCGGACGCCAGCGAUCGCCUCGCCAGAGCUCGGUACUCCCUGCGCUGCGCACCGAGCCUGAAGCGUCGGGCGGCAGCGGACACCAGAGCUCGGUACUCCCUGCGCUGCGUACUGGGCCUGAAGCGUCGGGCGGCAGCCGACGCAAGGCAUUCCCCCGGAAGAGGUUGCCCCGCCCUGUGCGCGGAGUGCUGUCGGAGAAGCAAGUGGCAGGUGCUAUCAAGUCGACAGGAGUCGAGGAGCCGCAGCGUCCUUCGGAAUCUAAGCAUGAUGAUUCAAAUGGGGCGGUCAGACCGGAAGCUGCAAAUUAUGAAGGAAAGAUCAAGCCAGAAGCUACGGUGGAUGAAGGAGAUGGGACUAUCACCUCUGGUCUGAUUGUAGGGAUGUGCACAGAUGUACAGAAAGGCUACUUCCGUCUCACCGGGCCUCCAGAUGCAACAAAGAUAAGACCAAAGCUUGUACUUGUAGAAGCCCUGAAGUUUGUCCAGGUCUCAAGUAAAGACUACAAUUUUAAAACAGAUCAACUGAAAUCAAUUCGUCAAGAUAUGACUAUCCAGAACAUAGAGGAUGAACUUUCUGUGCAGGUUUAUGAGUAUCAUGCAAGACUUGCGUUGUGCAAUCGAGAUAUGGCUGAACUUAACUUGUGCCUCACGAAGCUGCACUGCCUCUAUGGGAAUAAGCGGAAUGGUGGCCAUCAUGGUGAAUUUGCAGCUUAUGAUAUAUUGUUGUCUGCGAUUCAAGACAAAAAUACUGAACUGAUGUCUAAACUUGGAAGGCUGUCAAGCGACCUGAAACAGCAAGAAACUGUGAAGCAUGCCAAAGAAGUGGCUCACAGUAUACAGACAGGGAACUAUGCAUCAUUUUUCAAACUCUACAAGGUGGCUCCAAACCUCAAUGGCUACCUGAUGUGUCUCUGCUUUGAGAAGAUGAGAUUUGAAGGUUUAAAAUGUAUGGCAAAGGCCUACGCAACCAAGAUACCUGUUAAAUACGUAUCCAAAAUCUUAGGUUUUGCUGCAGUAGACGGAAGUGUUGAUUGGCUUAAAAGUCAUGGUGCUGUUUUAUCAUCCUUCGAGAAUGGGGAGAUGGCUUUACUGCCAAAGGACUCUACAGCUCUCGUCUCUAAGCCAGAACUUGCUGCUGAUGGUAUUCGUGCUUUCCAAGCCCGCUGAUCUGAACCGCCGGUUGAACUGAAGAAUCACUGAUCAAAACUCCUCUGCUCGGGAAUGGUGCUUGAUAACGCUGAAACAAUGUAGCUCUUGGUGAACUCAUCACUUGUUGUAUGUCCUCCCUGAUGUUACUACUGAAACUUAUCACGGAUCCUGUUGGUUGGCUCAGUAGCUUAGCUAGAACAGAUUUAUUUCUUUUUUCAGCUCUUGGAUCUGCCAUUGCGGCUUGCAUGUGGUUGAGCAAGAAUAUGGGUCCCCAUGUAGUAACAUCGUUAAUAUGUGAAGUAGUUGUCGUGGUA